UGCGGAGAUUCGCCCCAAAAGCAGCGCCCCACGCGCACACCCGCGGCGGGCGGGCGACGGGGACAUGGCGGCAGGCAGGCAGCCAGCCCGCAGCGCUGCCGGCGGCGGCCGGCCGCACACAGAGAGGCCGCAGUGACGCCUCCCCACUCCGAGGCCGCGGGGAUGGACGCGGAGCGCGCCGCCGGCCGGGACAGCGCCGAGGGAGGAAGAGGAGGACUGGGUGACUUCGUGUCUGCCCUUCCUCCCGAGAUCACCUCCCGGAUUUUCAGCGGGCUGGAUGUCGAGAGCCUGUGCCACGCGUCCGUGACGUGCAAGGGCUGGCACCGCGUCAUCGAGAGCAACGAGCGGCUGUGGCGGCACCACUGCCUGGCCGUGCGCGCCGUCUGCCAGCGGGAGAUCGACUGCGACCGAGGGAACGGCUAUUCCUGGAAGAUUACAUUGUUGAGAAACUACUGGAAAAGCAAAGUGAAGCAAGAAUGGCUUAGUGGGAAAUACAGCAACAUUCCUUCACAAUUCAGUUUGCCAGAGAAAAGCAUGUAUCCAAUGGAUGUCGACACGUGGGGAGAAAUCUUGGAAGCAGAACUUGAGAGAUGAUAAACCAGUGCUGAUUCUUGCAACUCAGACAAAUUUUACCAAUAGCAGACACACUGUUCAGCAGUUGUGAAACUGAUUUUGAGCUCGUUAUGAAUUUAUGGUGAAAACUUAUAAAAAAAAUUUGUCUGUAUUUUUAAAUUUGCAUUUUACUGUAUUAAUUUUAUGUAAAAUUCUAAAGGCAACUAAAUAUUUUGUUGUAAUUUAUAUUUAUAAAUUUAAUGUUCUACUGCACUGUCAAAAAUAUGCUGAUUAUAAUUUCAGUUUGCACUUUUUGUUUUGGAAGAUAUGAUUUUUAUAUUAAAAAAAAAAAAAAACCAAC